CCUAUCUCAGUAAACAGUGUGCUUUUGUGCCGCCGCCCCUGCCUCUGGGCUCGUCUUAUAGAACACGGGGCUCGCCCAAGUCAGAAGUGGGUUAUUCUAUCCACUCUCAGGACCGAUUACUUACACAGUGAGGCUGUAAUUGAUUUUGGUGGGGUCCUGGAUGAUCAGUUUUCUUCCAGGCCCGCUGAAGGAUCAGAGGACAGGAAACAAGAGUUAGCUGCAGAGGUUCUCAGGUCUGACAGGUCUGAUCGCUUGUUCCUGGAGCCGGACUUCUCAACAUCACUCAAAACUCUACUGGGAGUACAGCCAGGGGACCAAAGAUGGGGGUCAGCAGGCAGCAACAUGAGCUGAUUUGGGCGGGAGCCGGCGCACACCAUGGCCCAACCAGCAGCCUACUCCCUGGUCAUGUCGGACACCACGCUGCUGGAAACUUCCUUUCUUAACCACUCCGAUGCCUUACCGCUCGUGCCCCCGCAACAUCGCAGCAACGUUUCGCCGUGCUCCACCAUCAUGGGUAGUGUGGGUAGUCUGCUAGGAAAGGAGGACAAAAACAGUAACCUGCCCGUGCAGAAGGUGGGGUAUAACCGCGAGGGACUGUACGAUAACUGCUACGAUAAACACAUAUACGAGGACGUGGAGAUGAAACCGGCGCACAAGACGGGAACACUGGAGGGGAAGGCGCCGCCACCCAAGAUUAUGCCCUUCAGUGGGAAAUUAGACAAGCACACGGAGAAGACCGUCAUCCGGCCGACGGCGUUCAAGCCGGUCGUCCCGCGCAACAGACAUUCCCUGCAGUACUUCCCCCCGCGGCCGGGCAACCACCUGUCGGACAGCCGCAACUCUCUGCAGAUCCCGCUGUUCUACAACCCCAAGGACAGGUGCGGCGGCGGGCUGCAGCAGAACGGCUUCCACAGUGUGCAGAACCUCAGCCUGCCCGAGCGCCUGCCGGAGAACCUGCAGCAGCCGGGCAGCAGGAAUUCCUUUUCCGGAGGAUCGUCGUGUAAUAAUAAUGGCCCACAUAAUCAUAACGGAGGGAAUCAUUACAGCAACACCGGCAGCCUGAGUAACACCAGCAGUCACAGUCACAGCAACACUGGCAGUCUCAACAACGGGAGGGUGUACAGCAACGGUGGGAACUACAGCAACGGGAACAUCCCUGGCCUGAUUCCGAAUGGAUUACCGAAUGGAAACCACCACGGUGGUGGGAACCACUAUGUGGACUCCCGGCACAUGAGGGAAGGCUUGCCGCCCAGGCACAAGGCCCCCUCCAUGGACAGGCUGUCUAGCCCUGCCUCGCGAUCGAGUGUCACGCCCACCUCCAACAACAAUCACACCCCAAUCCUGUCGUACCACGCGUCCAUGACAAACCUGUCCACUCGCUCGGGUCACACGCCGGUCCAGAGCCACACCCCGAGGUCGAGCCUGACGCCGCAGUCCGGUCACACGCCCGUCCCGAGCCACACGCCGCGCGCGAACCACACCCCGUCGUCCACAUACGGGACGGGGCUGAACCAUACCAUGUCAAAUGGUCACAAGGAGUCGUCCUCAUCUGAACAUUCGCAGUGGUCGACGAUUUCGGAAGACUCCACCAAGGAACUGGAAGAGAAGGUGAAGGAGAAGGAGAGUGAGUUGGUUCAGUUGAGGAAAACCAUGGAGGAGAACGAGAUGAUCAUUUACAACGUGUACGAGGAGAAGCAGCGGAAAUGGGAGAAGGAGAUCUCCGACACGAAAAGGGACUGCGAGAAGAAGAUAAAAGCGGCACAGCAGCGCGCCAGCCGGACGGAGCAGGUACUGCAGCUGCAGAUCUACCAACUCCAGCAGGAGAAGAAGAAAAUCAGCCAGGAGAUGUCGCAGUUGCUGCAGGACAAUGACAAGCUGGACAGACAGCUGGACACUUACCGCAGCCAGACGACAGAAACCACUCAGAAACUAGACGAAACAAAGUGGGAAAUGUGCCAGAAGUCGGGAGAAAUCUCUCUCCUUAAACAGCAACUUAAGGAAGCCAAGUCGGAACUAAGCUUAAAGACUAAUGACGUAAUCGCUUCGCGAGGAACAAUAAAAGACAUUAAAACCGAGCUGUCGGAAAAGGACAGUCAAGUGACCGCCUUACAAGACAAAGUGUCUGAGAAAAACGCCGAGAUCCUGCACUAUCAGGACGAGGUUGCUAAGCGACAAUGUGAGAUUGACAGCUUGUCGGACACGCUAAGAAAACGAGAGGAUGAACUGAUGGACUUGAAAGACUCUUAUCGCCAGGUGAAAGACGACCUGUCCAACGUUCGGGCCGAGCUGGACAACAAAAUCAAGGAGGAGCAGCUCAUCAGCCAGUGCGACGAGGUCAAGGAGCGGAGAAAGAACAAAGAGCGGGAUCUGAUCGAGAGUUUAAAGGUGGAGGUUCAGAGACUCCGGAACGAGCUGAAAACGGUCCACCAGAGACACGACGCGCAGCUGAUGGAGUUCGAGCGGGAGCGCGCGAUCUGGCAGGAGGAGAAGGAGAAGGUGAUCCACUACCAGAAGCAGCUGCAGCUGAACUACGUGCAGAUGUUCCGCAAAACCAAGAACCUGGAGAAGGAGGUGCAGCAGCUGACUCUGGAGCUGGAGCGCCGAGACCUGGAGUCGGACAGUGUAUAAGGGCGAUAUGUUACAUAAUGUGUAACAUCAAGGCAGUGUGUAACAUCAGGAUCCAUAUGUAACAUUAUGGCUACUGUGCGUAACAUUAGGGCUGUUGUGUAACAUCAGGGUAACCACUCACUGCUGUAUAACAUCAGGGUAAGCUCCACUGUGUAACAAACAGUACCUUUACUGUGUAACAAUACUACUGUAUCACUGAG